GAAUAAACUUCACAAAUAUUGCUUGAAAAUGGGGAAAAAAAUACAGAUGUGUCAUGAAACAGGAAGUUCUGAAAUGUAAGAGUUAACAGGAACUUUAAAAAAGAAAAAAGAAAGACAGAGUCGACACAAAAUAGAGUCGUGCCAUUAGUGAGUGAGAUGCAGUCAUGAAGGACCAUUUAUAUCUUUUCCUCUUUAUGAUUCAUAUUAGUACUGGCUGUAUUCUUUCAGAUAAGAAGCAGUCAACAGUAAUAACAGGAUACACAGGUGGUUCAGUGGUGCUGCCCUGCUCCUGUGAUGAUCCUCAGUCUACAGCCAAGACAUUCACAUGGCAGUUUCAACGCAGUGUAAAACAAUGGAUUGAAGUAUUUGAGGAUGAGAAGUACAGAGGAAGACUUGUGCUGUUUAAUGAAAGUUCUCCGAAAAAUCUGUCUCUUCUCAUUUCUGACCUCAGAAUGGAAGAUCAAGGAUACUAUAAGUGUAUGACUGAACGGCACUCUAUUACUAUAUCCAUUGAGUUAACAGUUAAGGGCUGUAAUUUGGUUCAGAACACAAAGUCAACGGAUGAUGUGACUGGAUAUGCAGGAGAGUCUGUGGUUCUGCCCUGCUCCUGCGCUGAACUACUGGCUAAACCUGAACAGAUACAAUGGAUGUAUUUGAUAAAGGAAAUUUACUGGGAAAUUUACCCAAAUGAAAAGAUUGACAGCCACAAAAACAGAGUCAAACUGUUAAAUCAAACAACUUCAGGAAAUCUCUCUCUACACAUAUCAGCACUGACUGCAGAGCACACAGGAGUCUAUUAUUGUUCUGUCUCGUCUCAACAAGUCACCUACACACUUCAUGUUGAAGAGAAACCACACAUCUAUACACCCGUCAGUUUAUCAACACAUCAACCUUCACACCAAACACAAGAAUCUACACCACCUCGACCACCAAACCACACACCUCAAUUUUUCUCCACAAAUGUUUUCAUUCUGUUGGGGGUGAUUCUCUCUGUUCUGUUACUGAUAUUACUGGCAUUUAUCUACUGGAGAUGCAGAGGAGGAGGAAAUGUGAAAAAGGUGACCAGUAAUGAAGAAGAACUAAAAGGAGAACAAGACAAUCCGGAUGAUGUGACGUAUUCAUCUGUAGUCCAUGUUAAAACAGCAUCCACACCAGCUCACACAGAGAGUAACCCAUCAGAGCACACUGAGUACGCACCAAUCAAAAUUAAACGCUGAACGUCAACAAAGAAUAGAGCCAUUUUAAUGGUGAGCAUUUUAAAGAGAUUGAAACAACCAUGUACAUUUUAUUAGUGAGGGUUUUGUGUAACCUCAGUAUGAGAAAACCUGUUCAUUGUUUGGAAGACCUUUAAGUUCAUUCAGAAUGAUUGUAUUUUAAAGCAGGACUAGAGAAUGAAGGAGCUGCCUGAUUCUAGUUUCAGACAGCUGAGCGCUAAUAGAGAAAUAAAGAAUGAAUCAGA